AUGACUGCUGCAAGUGAUAUGAUCGUAGAUGACGAUGUUUCUGUUAUACAAGUUAGCAAGAACAAAGGAAAGGCUGUUGUCUAUGAUGAAUCGGUGGUCGAUUCUCUUCCUUGGGUUGAAAAGUAUCGUCCUUCUCGGCUAGAUGAACUCAUUUCUCAUAAAGACAUUAUAUCCACCAUUGUCCGAUUCAUCGAUGAAAACAAACUACCUCAUAUGCUUUUUUACGGACCUCCUGGAACAGGGAAAACAUCAACAAUCUUGGCAUGUGCCCGUAAGCUAUACGGUGAUAAGUUUAGAUCCAUGAUCUUGGAGCUAAAUGCCUCUGACGAUCGUGGCAUUGACGUUGUUCGCGAACAAAUCAAAAACUUUGCUAGUACUCGUAAACUAUUUAGUUCUGGGUUCAAGCUCAUUAUUCUCGAUGAAGCAGAUGCCAUGACACAGGCUGCUCAAAAUGCACUUCGUCGAGUGAUUGAGCAAUACACCAAAAACGUUCGAUUCUGUCUUAUUUGCAAUUACGUUGGGAAAAUCAUUCCUGCCCUUCAAUCUCGUUGCACACGAUUUCGAUUUGCACCACUUGAAGAAGCACAAAUCUCUGAUCGCAUUACCCAUAUUAUUAAUCAAGAAGGUAUCAAUAUUACUCAAGCUGGCCGUCAAGCCGUAUUGAAACUAUCUCAGGGUGAUAUGCGUCGCGCACUCAAUAUUCUUCAGGCAGUGCAUACAGGUUAUCCUGAAGCAACAGAAGAAACCAUUUAUGCGUGCACUGGCUCACCAUGUCCUGCAGAUAUUGAUCAGAUUGUUGCAUGGCUGUUUAACAUGGACUACACUACCGCAUUAAAAAGUGUAAAACUUCUCAAACAUGAAAAAGGACUCGCGCUUGCCGAUCUCUUGUCAGGAUUGGUAGUCUCACUUGCAGGGCUAGAACUUCCAAAAGUUUCUCGCAUUUUUUUAAUGGAAAAGUUGGCCGAUAUAGAGUACAAUAUUGGUGUUGGAUGCAGUGAAGAUAUACAGCUUGGCGCAAUGGUUGGUGCUUUUCGUCUCUCUGUCGAUAUGGCUGAAAAUGUCAAGGCUUCCGAAUGA